GAUUAUCCAGCUAUUAAAAGUCAAUUAAAUGAAGUCGAGGAAAUGAUGAAAUUAGCUAACGAAUUAGCCGAAAAAAUGCCGAAGGAAAAGAGUGAAAAAAAAGACAAUGGUGAGGAAGAUGAUUACUAUGAUAUAUUGGGAGUCAAACGGGAUGCUUCUGAGGAGGAAAUCAAAAAAUCCUAUCGCAAUGAAAAAAAAGUAGCCGAGGAAAAAUUUAAAGAGAUUAAUGGGGCCUACGAUGUUUUAAGUAACGCCGAAAAACGUCGAAAUUAUGAUCAGUAUGGCAGUUCCGAAGGUUUUGCUCAGGGUUCCACCGAAGGCAACUUUGGUCAAGGAGAAGGUUUUUUUAAGGAUAUUUUCGAAACCUUUUUUGGUGGAGGUCCUGAUUAUUCCGGGCGUGGAGCCCAUGCCGGGGAUAGAACUCGACCCCAGGCCGGGAGUGAUAUUUUAGUUAAUGUCGUUUUAAAUUUCAAGGAAUCAGUAUUGGGAGUUAAAAAAAAAAUAACUCUGGAACUGGAAAAGAUUUGUAGUGUUUGUCAACAAACAGGAGCUGCUUCUCGCAGUGAUAUUGUUGAAUGUCCAGCUUGCCAAGGAAGAGGAGCAGUUAAUACUAUACAAAGAACGGUUUUGGGAGCAAUUCGCACCCAGGUUACCUGUUCUCGUUGUCAAGGUGAAGGAAAAAUAAUUAAAAAAAAGUGUCAUGGAUGUGGUGGCAGAAAGUUCGUAACCCAGACAGAAACCAUUGAACUUAAUAUUCCUCGAGGAAUUCAGCCAGAAAAAAAACUGCGCUAUCAAGGAAUAGAUGCUAUUUUGGGUAGUGUGGUUGAAGUAAUUACCCUGGAAGGGGUGGAAAAAAUUCCGCUACCGGCUGGCAGCCAAAAUGUCAGAUUACCAAAAAAAGUCACCCUCGCCACAGAAGGAAUACUUCGUAAUAUUCAAAGAGAAACAAGUUGGAAUCCCAAUCGAGAUUUCAUUGAAAAAAAUAAGGAU